UCUUCCAUAUUACUAAACUAACAUGAUUCUUAACCACGUUGGCGCCGGAUUUCGUUACCUCGACCCGGGUCGACCCGAUCCUAAUGACGGGAUCCGAGUCUUUCUUCCGCAUUUCUACCGCCGAAGAGUAUCUCUGCCGUGUCCGGCAGCGUUCCACGGCGUACAUUUGGAGAGCAAAUGCGAGAAGCGAAGGUCGAUAUGCACCGCCGACGAGCUCCACCGCGUCCCUGUUUCCAACUCCGGUUGGAAUCUCGCUCUGUGGCGCUACCUUCCUUCACCAAAGGCACCGAUGAGGAAUCACCCGCUUCUGUUGUUGUCAGGGGUUGCAACCAAUGCUAUUGGCUAUGAUCUCUCACCUGAUUCUUCAUUUGCGCGAUACAUGUCGGCACAAGGAUUCGAUACAUGGACUCUUGAGGUUAGAGGUGCUGGGUUGAGCACACAUGGAGAUAACUUGGAAGAAGAUCCUGCAAUUAGUGGCGGUAAAAACAGUGCUUCUUCUUCAAGAACAUUGGGAUUUAGUAACCUGGGUGCCUCUCUUGAUACAGAAGGUACCCAAUUGGAAAGGGGAGAGCCAGAGGUUGUAGCUAAAUUUGAAGAAUUACAGCAAACAACUAACUUGAUGGAUAUUUUUCCAAGAAUAUUUGACAGACUUCAAGAUAUUCUUGAAGGCCAACAACUUUUAAACUAUCGAGAGCGUUUUACUGCCAAUCUAGAAGAAUUUCAGAAGCAAGUUAAACUCGUUGCCAAGCACGAAUGGGACUUCGACCAUUAUCUAGAAGAGGAUGUACCUGCUGCGAUGGAGUACAUAAAGGCUCAAUGCCAACCAAGAGAUGGAAAAUUACUGGCAAUCGGUCACUCGAUGGGGGGCAUUUUGUUGUAUGCAAUGCUAUCACGUAGUGGUUUUGAUGGACAGGAUCCUAGGUUGGUAUCGGUUGUUACUUUGGCAUCCUCGCUCGACUAUACACCUUCAAGAUCAUCUCUCAAGUUUCUUUUACCGCUGGCAAAGCCUGCUCAGGCUUUAAAUGUUCCUGUUAUCCCAGUUGGACCAUUGAUGGCUACUGCUUAUCCAUUUGCAAAGUUUCCACCAUAUAUGUUAUCUUGGCUAAAGUCUCAGAUUUCAGCUCAGGACAUGAUGAAUCAAAAGCUGUUUGACAGGCUUGUUUUAAACAACUUCUGUACCGUGCCUUCUAAGCUUCUCUUGCAAUUAACCACUGCCUUCCAGAAAGGCGGUUUACGCGAUCGCAAUGGAACUUUCUAUUACAAGGACCACCUCGGCAAAAGCAAGAUUCCUGUUUUAGCAGUUGCUGGUGACCAAGACCUAAUUUGCCCUCCUGAAGCUGUAUAUGAUACCGCGAAGCUCUUUCCAAAGGAUUUGGUUACAUACAAAGUCUUUGGGGAGGCUGGAGGACCACACUAUGGCCACUACGACUUAGUCGGUAGCCAUUUGGUAUAUCCAUGUAUAACUGAAUUUCUCAUUCAACAUGACAUGCCUUAGUACAUUGCACUUUCCAAAUGGUAAUACCUAUACCUCAUUCUUUUGUACAUCAAGAAUACUGAGUAGAUGAAGCUAUAGAGAACACCCUUUUCAAGGUCCUGCCAAUGCAUAUGCAUGACUUGUGCUACCGCAUAAGUUACUAUGUGUAGUCAAAGGAUAGGUACACGUCAAGUUAUAGAUGUCUGCAAAAGUCUGGACAGAAUUCUGGGAUUAUUGUAUAUAUAUAUAUAUAUAUAUAUAUAUAUAUAUAUAUAUAUAUAUAUAUAUAUAUAUAUUAUCUUUGCUUUUAUGGUCUUUAUGAUAUAUAAGACAUAUUCAUGAUAUAAAAAGAAAAUUUACAUUUAUUUAUUAUAUUAAUACCAAAAAAGAGAGAAUAAAUCUUUAAAUUAGUUCUAUGGAAUAUUUUCAAUGGUCACAUUGAUGAUUGUUAGUCUCAUGAUCCCGGCAAUUACAGAACUAUAAGGGUACUUUUGGUUGGAAGAUAAAUGCAGAGUGAAAUUCUCUUACCAGGUUAAUUGUCGGUUCAGUGCUAAUAACUAUUUUAGUAUGUAUGUCAGUCUAUAUACAGAAACCGAAUCGGCCAAACCACGGUUUGCAGGUUUUUUGGUCGAAUUGGCCGAUCCGGUCCUAUUCUGAUAACACUGUUUGCAUAUAUAGAGUAGUGUUUAAAGAAAAAUAUUUGGUAGUUCUCUCUGUAUCAAUUUUAAUAGGAAAGUAGAAAUUCACAUGAUAUGAAAAAAGUAUUAUCCAAUCAUGUGACUAUAAGAAAAAUGACACAUAUUUUUCAACUCUUCAGAGAGAAAGUCAUAAGUCUUAAAAUAUGCAAA